AUGGCCUCCGUCGCUUUCAGCGCCGCCGCCGCUGCAGCCACUGCCGCCACCACGUCUCGGCGUCUUCCCGCCUCGGCUAAACUAUCUCUCUCUCCCUCAUCCUCCUCCUCUCUCAAACUCCUCGGCUCCACUCCGAUCGUUUCCCGCCUCUUCCUCAACCCCAAACGCUGCUCGGCGGCUCCGCUGCCUAGCCGAGCGUUCAGCUCAGCCGCCGCCGCUCCCAAGUGCCUAGCUUCCGACCCGGAGCAGCUGAAGCUCGCCAGAGAAGACAUCAGGGAGCUUCUCAAGACCACUUUCAGCCACCCAAUUCUGGUUCGGUUGGGAUGGCACGAUGCUGGUACGUACAACAAGAAUAUUGAGGAGUGGCCAAGAAGAGGUGGAGCGAAUGGGAGCUUGAGGUUUGAGAUUGAGCUUAAACACGCAGCCAAUGCAGGUCUUGUCAAUGCAUUGAAGCUCAUUCAGCCUUUAAAAGACAAGUACUCUGAUGUAACAUACGCAGACUUGUUCCAAUUGGCCAGUGCUACUGCUGUUGAGGAGGCUGGGGGACCAAAGAUUCCUAUGAAGUAUGGGAGAGUUGAUGUUUCGGCACCUGAGCAGUGUCCAGAAGAAGGGAGGCUUCCUUCUGCUGGCCCUCCUUCACCUGCUGAUCAUCUGCGUGAGGUUUUCUACAGAAUGGGGUUAAAUGACAAGGAAAUAGUUGCAUUAUCAGGGGCACACACUCUGGGGAGGUCCAGACCUGAUCGCAGUGGUUGGGGCAAGCCAGAGACAAAGUACACGAAAGAUGGGCCAGGGGCACCAGGAGGACAGUCUUGGACAGCACAAUGGUUGAAGUUUGAUAAUUCCUACUUCACGGAUAUCAAGGAAAAGAAGGAUGAAGAUCUUCUGGUGUUGCCAACUGAUGGUGUUCUUUUCGAAGAUCCAGCAUUCAAGGUAUAUGCUGAGAAAUAUGCUGAAGACCAAGAAGCGUUCUUCAAGGAUUAUGCUGAAGCUCAUGCUAAACUCAGCAACCUGGGAGCCAAAUUUGAUCCUCCAGAGGGUAUUGUGAUCGAUGAUGGUCCUUCACAGCCAGUACCAGAAAAGUUUGUGGCAGCCAAAUACUCGUCUGGCAAGAGAGAGCUGUCAGAGAAUAUGAAGCAGAAGAUUCGGGCAGAGUAUCAAGCUGUUGGUGGAAGCCCAGAUAAGCCUCUGCAGUCUAAUUAUUUCCUGAACAUUAUAAUCGUGAUUGGGGUUUUGGCACUUUUGACAUCGUUGGUUGGAAACUGA